AUGGUGUUCUUAGAAGGGAAAAAGGAAAUGGUUGAAAGAUGCCUAAUGGCAGCUUCUAUGGCUGCGCUGGUAUGCCAUCCCAAUGCUACCAUUAAGUGUUUCAGACCUAAAUCAAAGACUACUUCCUCACAAAGAGAAAAAUCUCGCCGUGAAAAGAAACAGCCAUCAAAAUCCACCAACAAAAAUGAUUUGGGAGCCGAUUCUUCUCUUUCCAGAACUUCAGUUGCUUUCAACAUGAACAUGGGAUCCUCUCCUUCCACUCUUCCCACGUCAAGGAGUGGCAGAGCUUCUUAUGUGGUCUCAAACCUUGUCGAAAAAGAGCCGUCAUAUGGUGUUGUGGAAACCAUCUUUAGGUCAGGGUGGGACAAUAAAAUAGGCCUCAAAAUUGAGAAAGUAUUGAGAAUCAAUCAUGGUGUAGAUGCCCUUAACAAGUUUGAAGAAUAUAGGGAGAUUCUGAAAUCAAAGUCUACAAACGUUUCUGCCAGUGAGACUAGGAUGAUGGAGAGAUUGGCAGUUGAUGGCAAUGAACUCCUAAGGUUCCAUGGUGCCAUCGUGACUUGUUCAUUAGGAAAUAAUGACUUCUCAAGCAUUUGCCAUAGGGAAUGCUGUGGAGUUUGCAAAAUGGUUGGUUCUAGCUUAUCAGAAGGUGAAGAAUCAGUCGUGUUGAGUAACAACAGCCGACAAGCACAUAGAAAAGUUGUGACUGACUGUGUUGUUGAUAAAAUUUGUGCUAGAAAAGCCAUUGUUGUGUGCAGAGUAAUUGCAGGAAGAGUUGCUCGAUAUCGUGGACAUGGACUCGUGGAUGGACAAGACGGUGGCUUUGACUCUGUGGUAAGUUUGUCUAGGGAUCAAUUGGAAGGCUCGGAAGAACUCAUUGUUUUGAAUGCAAGAGCUGUGCUUCCAUGCUUUGUUGUUGUAUAUAAGGCCAAAGGUCACAAAAUGUAG